AUGCCAAGCAAAACAACUUUUGCGAAUUACCUUGAUAAGAAAUACGAUGAAAUUUCGGAUAUUUACAAAGAAAAAUUGAAAGGUGUAGCAGACAUAACUUUAACGACAGAUUUGUGGACUGACACUCUAAAUACAACGAGUUUUCUUGGAAUCACGGCCCAUUUCUUAGAUGGCUCAAAGAUGGCCACCGUAAUACUAGGUUGCUACGAAUUUCCUAAGUCUCACACAUCUGCUAAUAUCACAGAAAAGAUUCAAGAAGUUUGUGCAGACUGGAGCAUCAGAAAAGACCAGUUAUCUGCAAUUGUAACCGACAACGCUUCAAAUGUCGUUAAAGCUGUUAAAGAUUUUCUUGACGUUGAAGGCCACAUAGGGUGCGCUGCGCACAAAAUCAAUUUGAUUGCACAAAACUCCAUAGAAGGCGUAACAGGUUUACCAGAUUUAAUUCAAAAAGUAAGGAAUAUUGUCACUUGGUUCAAGCACUCAAACAAGGCAAGUUACGAACUGAAGGCCGGCUCUUCACUCAAAUUGAAACAAGACGUGAAGACUAGGUGGAAUUCAACUUUCUGCAUGAUCGUCAGGUUUAUUGAAAGACGUGGUGUCGUCUUUGAGGUGAUGUACAACCAUCCUGAUCCACCUCCCAUGGUUACUCCAAAAGAGAUCGAAGAACUGAUAGAAGUUUCAAAAAUUUUGAAGCCACUAGAAGAAAUUACGCAUGAAAUUAAACUGCGUUUUGGUCGGAUGAAAGAAGUGAAACAUUUUGCAGUAGCAACUCUUUUGGAUUCACGCUUCAAGAAAAUUGAUUUCAAAGACCACUCGCGAUGUGCGCGAGCUAUUGCUAUUGUGAAAACUCCGUUUGACAGGAAGGUGCAAGCCUCUGCUCUAAAUGGUUCUGAAUCUGAUGAAUCUAGUGAGAUUUUUGCGGGAAAGAAAAACAGUCCGGAAGUAUCAAUUUGGUCGAGACACCACAAAUUGCCUGAGCGGGACCAACGAAGGAAAUCGGAUAUAACAGACGAAUUGCCACCUGAACUCAGUCUAUUUCUCCGAAAUCCAGUUAUCUCACUCAAAACGGACCCAUUAAAGUGGUGGGUGGAUAAUAAAAGUUCAUACCCCACACUCACAUCAAUUGAUUUAAGAUACAUCACCAUUAUGGCUACUUCUGUUCCCUCUGAAAGGCUUUUCUCGAAGGCAGGAGAGAACAUGACUGCUAGGAGAAACCGGUUAUCCGGAGAAAGGCUCCGCAAGCAACUAUUCCUAAGCUCAGCUGAAUGGUUAUAAACAUAAAAGUUGAAGAUGCUUCAGAAUUCUGCAUGAAAAUGAUUCCUGGCGGAGAAGAUUGGGCUCGAUUGACACUGGGCAAAUAAACCGUGCAUCAGGAAUUGCGGAGAGAGAAAAACGUUAUCCUCUUUUUUCAUGACAAGUCCGAAAAGUUCUUGUACUAUUUAAAGUACAAUUUAUUCAGACUCAGACGACAGACGGUUCACAUGCAGAAUUGAUAAAUAACCGAUUAUCAGUGAAAAAUAAAAACGCAAAGGGCCAAACAGCGAUCGGCUAAUAUAUUUUCUUCAAUUUCCUAAAGUUUCAACACACAAUAUUAUUUAAUUUGAAAAUGAGCAGGGGGAAAAAAUUGCAUGGUG